AUGAAGGUCUUUAUUGUUACAGCUCACCCAGAUACUCGUUCUUUAACUCACUCUUUGUUAAGCGAGACUGUCAAGAGAUUUGAAAAGAAUGGUCACGAAGUCAAAGUUAGUGAUUUGUACCAAAUGAAAUGGAAGGCUACUGUAGAUGAAGACGACUUCAAAAACCAUCCAAAAGGUGAAAGAUUAGAAAUAGCAGCUGCCUCUGGUGCUGCUUACGCUAACAAUCAAUUGACUGAUGAUGUUGUGGCUGAACAAGAAAAAUUGAAAUGGUGUGACCUACUAAUCCUUCAAUUUCCUUUAUGGUGGUUCAGUAUGCCAGCCAUUUUAAAGGGUUGGGUUGAGAGAGUGUAUUCUCUAGGUUUGGCUUAUGGUACUUUUGAUCGUUAUGGUCAUGGUAACUUUGUUGGUAAAAAAGCAUGUUUAAUGGUUACUCUUGGUGGUAAAGAAGCACAGUACUCUAAUAAUGGUGUUAAUGGUCCAAUUGAAGACCUGCUGUUCCCAAUUAACCGUAACAUCCUGUUUUAUACCGGUUUCUCUGUUUUGCCAUCUUUCUUAACAUUUGGCGCCAACAAAUUUGGUGAAAAAGAGUUCAAUGUAACUGUUGAACGCCUUAAUACGUGGGUUGAUAACAUUGAAAAUGAAAAGCCUUACAAUUACAGAAAACAAAAUGAUGGCCAAUUCGAUGAAAACUUGCAAUUAAAGCCAGAAUUCGUUAAUCCAGCUAAAUCUGGUUUCUCACAAUUAAUUGAUUUUAGUUAG